AUGGCGCUUCACCUGCUGGAAGUUUCAGAUCCCAGUCUGGCGUAUAUUGUCCUGGGAGGGCAUUUGUAUAUCAACGAAGUGGUACUGGGAACGGCCUUUGGCGUGAUAAUCGGUCCGCAUUGCGCGGGUGCGUUCGACCCCAGGUCGUGGGGAAGUCAAACGGAGAGGAUCACGCUUGAAGUCAUGCGGAUUGUGCUCGCUACCGGACUAUUCGCUAUCGGGGUUGAACUGCCGCAAUCAUACAUGGCAAAACAUGCAAAGGGCUUGCUCUUUAUGGUCGUCCCUACGAUGGCAUUCGGCUGGGUGGUUGUUGCAGCCAUUAUAUAUGGUUUGUUUCCCGGCUAUAAUUACAUUUCUGCCCUCGUCGUGGCUGCUUGUUUGACGCCGACCGAUCCUAUCAUCAGCGCAGCCAUCGUCGGUGGCAAGUUUGCUCUCAAGCAUGUUCCCACCAACUUGCGCCGAAUCCUGUCCGCCGAGUCGGCGGCUAAUGACGGCCUUGCAUACCCCUUCUUGAGCAUAUCAAUCUAUCUCACCGUCGAUAGCUCUCGUCGGGAGGCCAUUGGUGACUGGUUCCUCGUGGGCUGGUUAUAUCAAGUGAUUCUGGGCACGGUACUGGGGGCGGUACUAGGUCUCUUGUUCUGUCACCUCAUGAAGUUCUCAUAUCGCAAAGGCUUCAUAGACCGCGAGUCAUAUGUGGCUCAGUACCUUGCUUUGGCGAUGUUUACAAUCGGGAUCUGCAGUACCAUCGGCAGUGAUGAUCUCCUUGGUGCAUUCGCAGCUGGUACUGCAAUCAGUUGGGAUGGCCAUUUUAAUGAUCAGACUGAGAACGAAGUGUUCUCGUCUGUGAUUGACUUGCUGCUUAACUGUGGUUGUUUCGUCUAUAUUGGCGCAUGGUUGCCAUUUGACCAGUUCAAUUCCCCGGAAUUAGGUAUCACGCCUUGGCGCCUCGUUGUGCUGCUCAUCGCCAUUCUCGCCCUUCGUCGCAUUCCUCCAUUGCUAUUGUUAUACAAAUCGGUACCAGAGAUUGCUAACUGGCGUGAAGCUCUCUUUUCGGGACAUUUCGGUGAGCAUUUCUCGUGUACAGCAGGCUAUAUGGGUGUUGGAGCGAUCUUUGUGUCCACUCUCGCUUUGACUAGACUCCCCACACCGCAGUCUCCGCCGCAAAAUCAAGCUGAGCACCUUGCCGCAACGUUGCAGACUAUCGUGUCUUUUGUUGUUUUGGGAUCCAUCAUCAUUCAUGGUCUCUCCAUACCGUUCUUCUCUCUCGGGAAGAACGUCAGAACGCGCACGGUAUCUAUCACGCGCACCUGGACAUCUCGUGGAACCAUUGCUCCCGACUGGCUGCUAGGAGUUCGUCGUUUACCCAUGACCAAAGACACGCAGGCUGGCAUGCCCAUGACAGCCGAAAGUAGGCAAGCGAAAACGGCAGACCAUGCAACGAGAAAUGUUACCGAAGUGCAGGAUGACGAUGGACCACACAUAUUAUUCCGUAGCGUCAGUGUACAUUCGUUCAGAUCCUUGUCAGGAGAUCUGGGGACCUAUGGGAGCCCGCACGGGAUGAUCGGCAGCCUGGUAUCUUCUAGCAACAACAGCCGCGUAUGUACUUCCUUCCGCAGUCACGUUGUUCUCACUCAUCGCCUCUCAGGUCAGGAUCGCCGACGAACAGGCAGCCAACACGGUGAUUCAGGGAGAGCAACUCGCUGA